CGUGCGCAGCGUCAGGCCCCCCCGGGGGCUGACCGAGCUCCCGACCCGCAGCCGCUUUGUGCCUGCCGUCUCCGUCACACAGCCGGUUCGCUUCUCUCAGAUGGCGCUGGCGGCUGUCUGGGUUGGUUUGGGUUAAGGAAAUUCUGGUGAUUAAAGAUCAUGGCAACCAUAGAGGAACUGGCCCAUCAAAUUAUUGAACCGCAGAUGGGAGAGAUUGCCCAUUCCCUGGAAGCAGUUUCACAAACACUAAUGGAUGGGACACCACAACGAAUACAGAUUGUCCCUGCAGAUUCAGGCCUCUCUUUACCACAGCGUAUACAGAUUGUCACAGAUCAGCAGACGGGCCAGAAGAUUCAGAUUGUUACAGCACUUGAUCAGAGCGCACCAGGCAAGCAGUUCAUCUUAACAAAUCAUGAUGGCUCUACCCCAAGCAAGGUGAUCCUUGCCAGACAAGAUUCCACUCCAAGAAAAGUUAUCCUGGCAACUCCAGAUGCUGCAGGUGUCAACCAACUGUUUCUUGCAUCCCCUGAUAUAUCUGCACAACACAUCCAGAUUUUAACAGACAACUCCCCCAGUGAACAGGGCCUAAAUAAAGUGUUUGAUCUGUGUGUUGUAUGUGGAGACAAGGCAUCAGGGCGUCACUAUGGAGCAGUAACUUGUGAGGGGUGCAAGGGAUUCUUUAAAAGGAGCAUACGGAAGAAUUUAGUUUAUUCAUGCCGAGGAGCGAAAAACUGUGUCAUUAACAAACGCCACCGAAAUCGAUGUCAGUACUGUAGGCUGCAGAGAUGCAUCGCGUUUGGGAUGAAACAAGAUUCUGUGCAGUGUGAGAGGAAACCUAUUGAAGUGUCAAGAGAAAAAUCUUCAAACUGUGCAGCUUCUACAGAAAAGAUCUACAUUCGGAAAGAUCUUCGUAGUCCAUUAGCAGCAACUCCAACUUUUAUAACAGACAAUGAAACAGCAAGAUCAACAGGUCUGCUGGAAUCAGGGAUGUUGGUUAACAUUCAUCAGUCUGCAGUAAAAUCUGAGCCUACUGUAAUGAUGACUCCAGAAAAGGUUGAAGCAUGUCAGGGAGAUCUGAGUACACUGGCAAAUGUGGUGACUUCAUUAGCAAAUCUCGGUAAAUGCAAAGACAUGUCACAAAGCAGUACAGACCUAUCUAUGAUUGAGAGCUUAAGUAAUGGAGAUGCAUCGUUAUCUGAACUCAAGCAAGAUGAACAAGCUAGUACUGAUGUUUCAAGGGCAUUUGAUACUCUUGCGAAAGCAUUAAAUCCAGGGGAGAGUGCAGCAUGCCAGAACUCAGAAAGUAUUGAUGCCAAUGUACAGCUGAUUGGUGGAGAAUCAAGCCUGAACAUCGUUGAAAUAGAAGGACCACUACUCAGUGAUGCACAUGUAGCAUUCAGGCUCACCAUGCCUUCUCCUAUGCCUGAAUAUCUUAACGUUCACUAUAUCUGUGAAUCUGCCUCCAGGCUGCUUUUCUUGUCCAUGCACUGGGCACGUUCUAUUCCAUCUUUCCAAGCAUUAGGGCAGGACAACAGCAUAUCAUUAGUAAAAGCCUGCUGGAACGAACUUUUCACGCUUGGUCUUGCACAAUGCUCACAAGUUAUGAAUGUGGCAACUAUAUUAGGUGCAUUUGUUAAUCACCUUCAUGGCAGCUUACAGCAAGAUAAGCUGUCAACAGACAGAGGAAAACUAGUAAUGGAGCAUAUCUUCAAAUUGCAAGAGUUCUGCAACAGCAUGGUUAAGCUUUGCCUAGAUGGAUAUGAAUAUGCGUAUUUGAAAGCAAUCGUCCUCUUCAGUCCUGAUCAUCCAGGUCUAGAAAAUGUGGUACAGAUUGAGAAAUUUCAAGAAAGAGCUUACAUGGAGUUCCAAGACUAUGUAACAAAAGCAUAUCCGGAUGAUACUUACAGACUGUCUAGACUUCUUCUCAGAUUGCCUGCUCUGAGGCUGAUGAGUGCUGCCAUCACUGAAGAACUGUUCUUUGCAGGACUAAUUGGCAACGUUCAGAUUGACAGCAUCAUCCCAUAUAUUCUGCGAAUGGAGACAACGGACUACAACUCCCAGAUAAUCAGUCAUACAAUAUAAAAGUACUAGUCAAGUAUUCCGUACCAUGGCAGUCAUGCUGAUGUAAAUGCAUACCCUGUCUCCAAGAGAUGGCAAUAAGCCUUCCCACGCACCUUUUCAAAGAAGGCUAAUAUUCCUCCUUUCCAGUACACUUGGGAAACGUGAUGGAGUGUAUUAAGGAAUAUAGGAUCACUUCCUAUUUUUCAUCUGAUCUUCAAGGACUUGUAAAUUUACUUGGUAUCUGAAGAAAGUCAAGAAUUGUCCAUCCUAUUUUUAUAGAUAGAUGAACUUGGAAUAUUUGUUUAUGAAGUCCAAGCUUGUGAAGAAGCUGAAGAAGCUUUGACUGAACUAAGGUAUCUCAACUUAGUUUGAUGGUUUGGAGAAAUAAAUUAACUUCUCUCUCUGA